GUGGGGGACAACCGCUGGAACAAGAUCGGUGCCGAUACGUCCUUUCUCGAGCUGCACCACGCCGUGGGUGACGUGGACGAGGGUUGGCGAGAACACUGCAGGCUGGACGCGGAUGCUGGUGCUGCUGCCUCCGCUAACCCAGACGCCGUCGUCGAAGGCGAGGAGGACAAGCGAUCCUACGCCUACCACUACGGCCGGUACUUGGAAAAGCACCACAGCGAGUUGUUCAGCAACUACAACGUCUACUCCCAGGCCAAGCGCGCCAAGACCAAGAUGGACAUGCACGGCUUGUUCGAAGCAUACGAGAACUACGUGGACCAACACUGUGUAUUCAGCCACCCUUCGCUCGACCAUGGCACCAUUCUCGCCAUCAACGAUUGGGUCCUCACGAAGCUCCGCGACCAACUCAAGAACGAGAACCUGAGGCCUUACGUGAUGAUGGUGCUUCGCUUGGCCACCCCGACGGACGACGGGGUCGACUGGGUGCUGAAGUCACGUCAGGACGCUCUGAAGAGGGUGCCGUACCUGCUCUCACAGAUGAAGGAAUCCAAAGUAUUUCAGCCGUCCCUGGCUCCACUUCCGCCGGCACCAGUCUCCAAGGCAGCGCCGAAGAAGCGCGCUAAGAAGGGGGCCGCUGCCAAACCAGGCGUCGCCGCCGAGCCUAAGCCCGAGGUCUUCAGCGUCACGACGGAGGGGAGGGCCGCGGUGUUCCUCGAUGACGCUCGCAAUGCGAUUCAAUACACUCUGCAGUGCGUUGAUCCUUCUAAGAUCCAGGAGCAGGAUAAGUUCGUCGACAAGAUGAUGAUGACCUGCGUUGAGUUCGGCGUGGCUGGCAAAGUGCAGAUCGAUACGGAGAAGGGCGGGAAGCAAACCAAAACAUCCAUGACUACUUGGUCCUCCUUGAGGAAGUACGUCAAGAAGCAACUCGUGGACGCGCUCGGGAUUAACUGCAUGGCCCACGUAUCCGCCGACCCCGACAACGUGACCUCGGCCGUCGGCAAGUUCUGGGAUGUGUUCAUGUCACCAGAGACGCACGCUGCUAUGACGUCUGCCGCGUCGGUGUCACGUUCGUCGCUUGCAGCAUGCAUCGUGGAGAUCAUCGAGAAGGAUUGCAUGCCGCUCUGCUUUGAUCACGCUUUGAUGAAGCUAUCGCUCAGCGCCUACACCGUCGAUGAGAAGAAACACCAGACCGAGCUCAGCCCGAACCCCGAUGCUAAGAGUGUCAUCGACAUUCUCGGGAAGUUCAUGUGCAUGCUGUUGGAGGAGGGUGCCAACGUCUUCCAGGCUGCUGUUGCCCAGUCGGAUUCGGACCCUGAGGCUCGGCAGAGCAUGUGCGAGUGGGCCGUCAUCUUCGAAAAUGCGAAGUCGACCGUCGCCAAAUACAUUGCUGAGAUUGCUGCGAAUGAUGCUCAGUGUCACGACGGCGUGAUGUGGACUCGACUGUGGACAUCUAUCGUUUCCGUAUCAGCAUUGGUCGCAGUUGACGCCUGCAUGUGCGACGAUGAGUCGGUCUGGGCUGCCGGUUCGAAAAUGGAGCAGCAAAUCAUUCAGCUGUUGUCCAAAAUGCCCAAGGACAAGGCCGCCGAGCAGUACAACACUCUGAAGCUUAAGUAUGAUGAAGCACAGAAGUUACCCACAGAGUACGACCAGCCCUCCAUGGUCAAGUUGAUGAUUGAUGAUCGCAGGGCUACACUGGAGAGGGAGACGACUGACGCCAUCAAGAGCGCCUACGCAGUGCCGGUGCCUGAGGACGAGCAGGAAGGUGGCGCCGCUGGCAUUGUGGAUGGUGGAGCAGCCGAUGAGCACAACGCAGGUUUCAUCAAGCUCAUCACUGCCCAACCGAGCGCGAUUGACGAGGCUUGGGCUGCUCAGGUCUUCGCAGCCAAGGCUACUGCUGAACUGCUGGAGGGCUGGAGGUCUGGCGAAGGCGCUGCCGCAGAGCUGAAAGACGUCGGCCUCGACAUCUUAAUGACGAAGGACCCCGCGAAGCAGAAGAAGAAUCCAGCUGGCUCGCGGCGAGCGUUCGUCGACUUGCUUCACCUCGAGCUUGAGAGCCUCAAGCUCGCGCUGGUUGGGAAGGUAUCUACAUCCUUGGUCGGUGUGCUGCACCGCUCGCCCAACACAUGCACGGUUGGCAAGUACAAGAAAUUCCACGUGAUGGUCACGACUACAGCGAGCAUGUGUUCACCAACAGCAGCUGCUUUCGUGCCGGCUUGGUCUUUGCGGGCCAUCAAGGAGGCGUCGACGAAGAGGGGUCGGACUGGCUCGGCUGCUGCACCAGUCGGACCGAUCAUGAUGUUCGAGCCCGUCUGCGUCGAGGUUUGCGGCGCCAAGCUGUCGGUGAUGGCGUUGGUGCCAGACAUGGCCUACAUCAAGUCGCUGAUCAAGCAUAAGAGGAUCGAGAUGGCCGAGAACCACGAGAAGGUUCGGCAGAAGGCCGUGAAGGAGGGGAAGGCUGUUCCCAACGCCCCCGAGCUGAAGCACUUCUAUGUGGAGCUCACGCGCCCUGAGCUCACG